AUGAUUGUAUUACAACACAAUGAGAUAAUAACAUCAUUUGAAAAGAGCAUCAUUCAAAAGGUGCAUCGCUAUAGUAACAGAUUAUAUGCGAAUUUGCGUGGUGUUGUGUCAAAAAAUGCAAUUGAUCACAUUGCGGCAGAGUAUGAUCGCGUGAAGUAUGUAGGUAUUGAUCAGACUGAGUGUCGUUGCACAAUUAGGACAACACAUGGUCUACCUUGUGCAUGUGAAAUAGCCAUGUAUAGUAUGAUCCCACGUUCCAUUCCAUUAGACGCUAUUCAUGUUUGGUGGAGUAAAUUAACUUUUCAUCUUGAUGCAUCGAGUCAACCUUCAGAGUUAUCUGUGAAACAUGAAAUAGAUGUCAUAGUGAAAAAGUUUGAAGAACUUGAUGUACCUGGAAAAAUUUCACUUAAAGUCCAAAAGCUCACACCUCGACCAUCAAUUAGCAAAGUUCAACAACCAAGAGUUCUCCUCUUCAAAUAUUGGUUGCCAGUUGAAAUUAAUAAAUUCAUAGAUGACAUUAUUGAUGUCGGUGAUGAUGGUAAUUGUGGAUAUCGUGCAGUUGCAGCUUUACUUGGAAUGGGUGAGAACUGUUGGGCAUUCAUCCGUCAACAGUGUGUGGUAGAGCUUCAAGAGUUCAUGUCUCAUUACGAGAUACUAUUUGGUGGAGAAAAUUAUGUUCGACAACUUAUACACAAUGUGUAUGUUGAGCAAGUUGCGUCGAAGGAUAAUUGGAUGACACUUCCAGAAAUGGGAUAUGUGAUUGCUUUGAAGUUUAACGUGGUUGUCGUCGCAUUAUCACUUAACCAAUCACAAACAUAUUUUCCACUUCGGAGUCCACCACCAACAUCUAUGUCAGAUCAUCGUGUGAUUGUUAUUGCAUUUGUUAACAACUGUCAUUUCGUACAGGUUUACUUAAAGUCAUAUUCCCCUAUACCACCAGCAAGUAAUUUGUGGAAAAAUUAUUGCAAUGAAGAAGCACGACAAUGAGAAUUUAUUUACAUGGAUCGCAUGCAACAUUGGUUGCAGAUAUUUCCAGAAACUAUAAAUGAAGUUAUUGUAAACUGAAUUGUUGAAUUCAAAUAUAAUGAAUAUCCAAAAUAUUGUAUGAAUUCAAAUAAUAUUGUAUGAAUUGUUGAAGUUGUAAACUGAAUUGUUUA